UAUACUCUUUAUUUGAAGCCUCGUUCGGAAACUCGCUAAGCGUGCUUCACGUACAAACCUAGCGAUUUAUUGAAAACAAGGAAAAAAUCGUGGAGUACGCAGAAAAUAAUUUUUUAUACAUACACAUUUUAUAAAUAUAAUAAAAAAAGUUGUAUAAUACAAGUUUAUGAAGAAUACUAAAAGUCAUAGAUUUAUAAAUACAUACCAAUUAGAUCACAAAAUAUAAUCGUACUUCUUUUACUUCACAACCAUUACAAAUAGUUUAAUAUAUUUUAACUAUAUUUAUCUUUAAACUAUCAAAACUAAAAUUAAAUAAAUUUUACUAUAAUUUACGUAAUAUAAUUUUUAAUAUAAAAUAAUACAUGCAAAACAUAUUAAUUAAGUGUAAGAAAAAAUAUAAUUAUAAUUAAUUGUAUAAUUGGGUCUUAUGGUUGAUUGGACUUGUGAUAAAUAAAGAAAUAAAUAAAAUAACGUGGUUUUCUUCUUCGUUUGCUAAUCAUCCAACCCAGCCAUAGAAAAAGUCUGAAAUCACCACCAAUUACACGUCGGGUUAUCCACUUCCACGGUCCAGGCGGACACAAAAUUGGACCACCGCGUAAGAUCAUCCAUCUGCAUGAACUCGCCAUGCUCCAUCUCCGAUUCCCGUUUUCUCUCGGCCACGUAAUCAGUGAUGUGGCCGAUUUUUAGAACAAAGUUUUUAAAGUAAUGGAUAAUUGGAUAUGUAACACCACAAAAGUUGGAAAUUAGUGAAAUAUUUUUAAAUAAAAGAGAUAAAUUGAUUUUUAUUAUUUUAAUUUUAAACUGAUCAAAGUAGAUAUAUGUGUAUUUUCUUUACGCCUUUACAUCGUCUGGUGUUGUCUACGUCGUUAAUCUCUCAAAUGCGUCGGCCUAUAAGUUUGGAUCAGUCUUCCAUUUGAUCCAUGUGGUCGUGGAUGUUCGACCUUACUUAAACGAAGCUCAGGUUACCAGUGUCACCGCAUCGCUUGACUUCAUUUUUCUUGGGAGAUCUGAUGGUUGUCUCUUGCUUCCAAUUUUUUAUGUCUCCUCAGGAACCAUCAUCAGGUAGAUUGAUUAGUCUCUCAACUUGAUCAUGUUUCUUCACUUCUCUUAUCAUCAUCAUUUGCCUUGUAGGUUUUAACCAGGAGUUGUGUGAUGAUGAAGGGUUUUUACGUCGAUGGGGAUUUGUAAGGCAAGCAGUUAUUAGAAAACAAUUUUAUCUUUUACUUUUUGUUCAUAUAUAUACUUAGAAGAAAGAAAUAAAGUACUCUUUCUUUUAUAAUGCGCAAUAUAGAGGGGCAUAUGUUGCAGUCAUGACAGAUUUAUCUAUAUCAGAAUUUCAUGUAAUAUAGCUGUCGAUAACUGUGAGAGUAUUAUUUGUCAGUGAUCAUUUUAAAUUUGUUUGAUCAUCCAUCAUAUAGUGAUACCCACAUCAUUCCAAUGGUUUUCUUGUUUAGAAUUCAACGCGAUUACAGUGUUUUUCAUACGCUUUACUUUCUCUACAUCAUGCAUAUCGCAAUAUUCCAUUGCAAGGGAUACAUUAAUUAUGACCUUCUAUGUUGAAUUUGAAUCUUCCCAACUUUUUUUGAAUUGCAUAUCCUUAUUCCUUACUUUUGCAGCGAGAAUUGCGGGAUAUCAUAUAUACAUUCGACACAAUCUUGAUUUUAAAGGCCAAUGAAUUGAUAUCUCCAAUGUUGGCCCAUAAAUCUAGUAACAAUGGGUGUGGACAAAUGAAUAACGGCGGUUCGUGGUUACCUGAAGAGGAAGAGGAGUUAAAGGGUCUGUCGGAAAACUUCUUUGAUGAUCUCAUAACUCUGCCUCUUGAAGAGGACAUGGAAACGGGCGAUGAUGAUGAGGAAGGAGAUUGGGAUGCCAAGUUUGAAAACCUCGUGCCUCCUCCCUUGGAUCUGCUCACCAGCUUGUCCUCUGAGUUCACUCACGCUCCACGUGCUGGACUCCUCAGGAACCCUCUGCCCACUUUGAAGCAGUCGAGUUCUUCAGAAGUCUCUUCUAGCUCCCUUCCUGAUGUCAAACUCUCAACUCUAUUCCAGUCUUCAAGCGCACUCUCAGUUGCAGCCAAUGGUUCCGUCUCGUUCCCCGUGAAAGGCACCAGAAGCAACCUCCGCAAACGCCCCACACCGCCCACAUUCAGGUCCCUCAAGUCAUUUGCAUCAGAGAUGGUUCAGCAGUUUGCUCCUGAUGAUCCAGACUCCGAAACUUACCUCCCUUUUGCCAAGAAGAAACGCCAGAGGAAGAACAAGGACCAGUCAUCAGUCUCUGACAGUCCAGAACAGUUCAACGCAGAUGGAACAAUCCGCAUGUGCACUCACUGCGAGACAACCAAGACACCACAGUGGAGGGAAGGUCCAUGUGGGCCUAAAACGCUAUGCAAUGCCUGUGGAGUCCGGUUCAGGUCAGGCCGUCUUCUUCCGGAGUACCGUCCAUCGUCAAGCCCGAGCUUCAUCCCAAGCUUGCAUUCUAAUUCUCACAGGAAGAUCAUAGAGAUGAGAAGGAAAGAUCAAGACUUGCAACCGGGAUGACCCCUUUACUGUUAGAGAUUAUAUGGAGAGAUGUAUUCAAUAUAGUUUUUGAGAGGAUUUCAAGUAACUUUGAUUUUCAAAAGAGCUUAGAUGAUUUUAGGUGCAUUAGGAAGUUGUUAUGAUCUCUCUUAUUAAAACAUUUUAGAAUCUAAUCUAAAAUGAUUUAGAUUUUCAUAUUUUAACUCAA